GUUUCACUGAACGACGAAACCGAACGAAAGGAGAAAAAAAAGAAAAUUAUUGCGUUUUUUUUUCCAUCGCGAAGAAAUUGUGCUGAAAAUUGGUGAAAAUCACUGAAAAAAUCACCCGGAAAAGUGUAAAAGUAAAAUCUAGGCAUCAAAGUGCGUCGAGAAAGUUUUAUUUGUCGUGCAGUUGUUUUGCAAGUUGGUGAAAAAGUGACCCAAAUUGUUUUCCCCUUUUUCUGUGUGCGAAGGAAAAAAAAUAUUGUGGCGACGCAAAAUUGAGAAAUUAGAAUUAUUAAUUUGGUGAAAAAGUGUGCAGAGUCGGGACGCUGUGCCCCCAAACACUCCAGGAAUUGCCUUUGAUGCGUAUGCGAGAGAUUGUGAGGAAAGAAUUGAGGAUUUUAGUCAUUUGAAAGGGAAACAGGAAGUAGUUUGUUCGAUACGAUGAGCAGUAGUCAACCGAGUCCGGCUCCAAAUUCAGCUGAAACCGAAAAGGUCUUUCACUGGAUUAACGAGCUCUCAAAUCCGGAGACGCGGGAGAAUGCCUUGUUGGAGCUGAGUAAGAAGCGCGAAAGUGUACCAGAUCUAGCCCCAAUGCUGUGGCAUAGCUUUGGUACCACUGCUGCCCUUCUUCAGGAAAUAAUCAACAUUUACCCAUCAAUCCAUCCGGCCACCCUGACUGCUCACCAAUCGAAUCGGGUGUGCAAUGCACUCGCGCUCCUUCAGUGCGUCGCCUCCCACCCGGAGACCAGGUCCGUUUUCCUGCAGGCCAACAUCCCACUGUUCCUCUACCCUUUCUUGCAUACAACGUCAAAGACCAGACCUUUUGAGUAUUUGCGGCUGACCAGUCUUGGAGUCAUUGGCGCUCUCGUAAAGACUGAUGAACAGGAGGUCAUUACAUUUUUGCUCAGUACUGAAAUCAUUCCGUUGUGCCUGAGAAUAAUGGAAUCGGGUUCGGAGUUGAGUAAAACCGUGGCCACGUUCAUAUUGCAAAAAAUUCUUCUGGACGACAGUGGUUUGUCAUACAUAUGCCAGACAUACGAUAGGUUCUCUCACGUAGCAAUAAUUUUGGGUAAAAUGGUGAUAUCAUUGGCAAAGGAGCCAUCAGCGAGACUCCUCAAGCAUGUUGUCAGGUGCUAUCUAAGGCUGACGGACAAUCCAAGGGCUUGCGAAGCUCUCCGGCAGUGUCUGCCAGAUCAGCUGCGCGAUUCCACUUUUGCAGAUUGCCUUCGUGAGGAUAAGGCUGUCAAACAUUGGUUGUCCAUGUUAUUGAAGAAUCUCGAACCGGGCGCUGUGGCUCCACCGGAUCCUCGUCAAAUGGGCAUCUCUCCACUUGGCUCAUAAAUUGUCGCAGCAAUGUGCAGUAGAUGAGACCAUUUGUAAAUUCUGGAAGGAUGCCUGGAGCGCACUGUGCUCUUACGUAACACCGAAUCACGCUUGUCGAAAAUAAGGCUUUCUCUGUAUACAUUUAUAUAUAUUUUUGUACGUUUUUUGUCUAUCCAUUGAUUGAGAAAACUGAGGGGGGAUACUCUCUGCCCUGGAGGUGGAUAUGUUUAGUGUGGCCCAUACAGCACCUAUGUACCGUACCGACCCGUUGAAUUGUAAGAAAAUUCAAACAAAAGUUGAUUGAUAAAGCGGCGGGGUACAUCCGGCGAUAUGAAUGACAAGAUAGAGAAAAUAAAUUAAGAAAAAAAAUCAAGUACUUUGAACCAUAUAAGAGAUUGUUUAUUUGUUUUUCCCCCAUUUAUGUGUAUGCUCAAAAGUUCUGUGAGAUGUUUUCGAUAGUUAAAAAAAAUGAUGGCUAGUCACGGAAAAAAAAUUGACAAUGAAUGCUUUCUUGUGAGGAGAAGAAAAACGAACGAGAAUUCCUAUCAAAAUGUCAUAAAUUUUGCCAAUUAAAUACAAAUUGUGUGUUCACUUCUGUCUUGAUUUGUUCUUCUUUUUUUUUCUAAGAAUUUUAUUUUACCAAAAAAAUCAAUCAUUGAACCCAAUUUGAAAAGAAAUUUUAUUAUUAUGAAAAGAAAAUCAUUGAGUGAAAAAUACUGCACUAAAGUGAGACUGCAAAUUGAUAAAAUGUACCUAAAAAACAAAAUGUUGAAGACACAAUUUGAGAGCCACAAAGUAUAUUUAAAAAAAGAGAUGAAAUUAUAAAAAAAAUUGUAUGAAAAAAUUGGCAUAUUUAGUGGAUUAUUGAGACAAAGAAUUAAUUUAAUAGAAACAUACCAUAAUGUAAGAGAUUUUAAAAAGUCCAUUUCAUAUUGGAAGUUGAGGAAUUUAAUACAAAUUACACUACUUAAUGAUAACACAUUUUAUUAUUUUUAUAUGAAGAAAAUGGAGAUACAAAAAAUCAUAAAAAAACUACGAGGAUGAAGCUUAAUUAGAAAAUGUACAUUUUACUUUUAUUAAUCGAUAUUAUUCUGUAUAGAAAAGUUAGAUUUUUCCUAAAGAGGAUAUUACACGAGAAGUUUUUUUUUAAUUCUUGGCAAAUUAUUGAAAUUUAAAGAAAAUUUAAUUCAUU